CGGAAAGUCAGGCGGUGGACAUGCAGAACUCCUGGCCACGGGCCAGAGGCGUGCUUACCGGAGCCGCUUCGGCUCCGUCGGACAGACGGAAACUCGCACAGAGUCUCGUUUUCGACCCGCUGCUUGGCAUCAUAGCGGCUGCCGCAGUCGGUAUGGGUAGCCCUAACGCCAUUCCUAAGAAACAGCGGGCGAUUGCGGCGAUUAUCCGGUUCUCGGACCUUCUAGUGAACGAGCCCUACACCGCCAGCAGAGGUACCCGCUGGACUAAGAUCAUUGCUUCGCAGUGCUCGCCUUACUUCAGGUGGAAGACGAGGAACAACGAGCAGGGCAGGCUCAAAAAGCUGCCGUCACCUACGCUUGAAGGGUCCGCAUAAGCAGUCAGCUGCACUCGAGUGCAGGCACACCCCGGGAGAAACUGUGCAAAAUCGCAACGCGAUGAUGUUAGCAUCGCAGCAUUAGCCUACAUCAAUCUCCACUGUGCACGCAUAAAUUGCCUCUCCGGCUUAUCCGCCUCCGUGCCAACGGAGUCUGCUGGCCGUCUGGCACCAUCCCUAAACGAUCACCUCAUCCACAUCCUCAUCCCCGCCCGCGUCCCGAAGCGGGUGGACGGCGCCUGGGCACUCACCUCUUUAAAAAGCGUCGCGGGUCACGCGCUGCCGUGAGCAUCUCCGCGCCCCCGAUGGAGGAGCACGGCAUGCACAGAAACCAGGCAGCCACAAGCGAACGCCACUCUGUGGAUGGAGGCUCAAGAGCUGGAUGAGCUCAACAGCCACCAAGACCGCAAAGGGUGUACAGCCGGCUCUGCUGGGCCGACCUACCCGGGGUUUCUUGUAGCCCUCUCGGCAGCAGCUCUGCGCAGACAGCACUCGCGUCUGCGAAGAAGGCCCGCAUACCUACUCAUGCUUGGAGCUCGCAAGGCGACGAGAGAAGACCGAAGGCGGAAGGCUGGAGGAAGCAGAUGCGGCGCGAAGCCAGCGGGCGGAGGGCGGGGAGGAGGGCGAGCCGCGCCUCGCGGGCCCCGAAGCCUGGAGGGACGGCGUGGGCCUGGCUCGGCUCAGAUAGGCCGAACGUCCAACGUCAGGUGGCAGCUCGUGGGAGCCUGGUAGAUUGCCAAAAAACUAAGCCUAGAGGUGCCCCCGCGGGCGCACAACCGCCGGGGGCACGUAGAAUCGACUGGCUGCCGCCGCGCUGGCCUGCCCGCCCCCUUGGAACGCGCACCGCGUCAAAGUUAGGGGGUGUAACUCCUGGGAGGACGUCGUCAGAAGGACUUCGUCAGAAGGACUCGAGGCAUUCUCAUCGUCCG